AAACUCUCAUACUUACUAGAACAUAGACUUCUUCACAAUGGGGACUUUAGAGCAAAUACUUCUUAUUGGACUUCUGUUUCAGUCAGGAGGCACCAGUUCUACAACAGAAAGUUUAUCUAUACAAGAAAUCCGACUAGUGGGUGGCUUGGACAGAUGUGCCGGACGUGUGGAAAUAUAUAAUGGAACAGAGUGGGGAACAGUAUGUGAUGACAUAUGGGAAAUCAAUAAUGCCCAUGUCGUGUGUCGACAGCUGAAAUGUGGGUUUGGUGUUGCAGCUCUAAUGUCUGCUUAUUUUGGACCGGGUAAUGGGAGUAUUCUUCUUGAUGAUGUGCGGUGUGUUGGAAAUGAGCAGUACCUUUACCAAUGUAGUCAUCUUGGAUGGGGCUCCCAUAACUGUGGACACAAUGAAGACGCAAGUGUCAUCUGCUCAGAUUCUCAAAAUGCCCAUUUAUAUGGUACUACAGAGCAUCCACAAUACCCAGAUUUUACAACAGCAAUUGCACAGCACCCACAUUGGACAACACAGCAAUACACCAGUUGUGGAGGUCACAUCAUGCAGUUUUCUGGGGUUAUAACCAGCCCAAAUUUCCCCAGUGAUUAUCCACCUAAUAGUUUCUGCGUAUGGGAAAUUGAGACAUCAAGAGAGUAUCGUGUGGAGUUGACGUUUACACAUUUUCAACUAGAAUCAUCAUCAAACUGUAUGUACGACUGGGUGAAGAUAUAUGAUGGGCCUCCUCGAAACUCUAUGCUUUUGGCAAUGCUUUGUUAUCCUUCAAACAUCACUUUGUACAGUUACCGCUCAUCAUCGAAUAUCAUCAGCAUUGAAUUUAAAAGUGAUAUCAUUAUUCAAAGUUCUGGAUUCCGUGCUGACUUUUCAUCAGUUGUGGCAGGUUACACAACAGCACCUCCAGGAACUAACCCUAUUCGACUGGUGGGUGGCUUGGACAGAUGUGCUGGACGCGUGGAAAUAUAUAAUGGAACAGAGUGGGGAACAGUAUGUGAUGACAUAUGGAACAUCAAUAAUGCUCAUGUUGUGUGUCGACAGCUGAAAUGUGGGUCUGGCGUUGCAGCUCUAAGUAAUGCUCAUUUUGGACCGGGUAAUGGGAGUAUUCUUCUUGAUGAUGUGCGGUGUGUUGGAAAUGAGCAGUACCUUUACCAAUGUAGUCAUCUUGGAUGGGGCUCCCAUAACUGUGGACACAAUGAAGAUGCAAGUGUCAUCUGCUCAGAUUCUCAAAAUGCCAUUGUAAAUGGUUCCACAGAACACCCAACAUACCCAGGGUUGCCAACAGUGAAUCCAACAUUUCCAAGCUGGACUACACGGAAUAACACCAGCUGUGGAGGUCGCAUCACACAGUUUUAUGGGGUCAUAACCAGCCCAAAUUUUCCCAAUAAUUAUUCAUCUAAUAGUUACUGCAUAUGGGAAAUUGAGACAGCAAGAGGGUAUCAUGUGCAACUGACUUUUACACAUUUUCAAUUAGAAACAUCGAAUAACUGUGUCUAUGACUGGGUGAAAGUGUAUGAUGGACGUCCCCAAAAUGCUACACUUUUAGCAACGCUUUGCUAUCCUGCAGACUAUACUUACUACACUUACUCAUCAUCAUCUAAUGUCAUCAGCAUUGCAUUUAAAAGUGAUAGUUCCAUUGAAAUGUCUGGAUUCCGUGCUGCCUUUUCAUCAUUUCAAGCAGAUUAUACAACGCAGACUCCAGACCACUGGUUUACAACAGCACCAAAUUACACAUGUGGAGGGGUUCUAACUUAUCCAUCAGGAGUAUUUUUUAGUCCCUUUUAUCCAGGACUUUACCCCAACAAUGCAUUUUGCAUAUGGGAAAUCAGAGUCUUGCCGGGGCACAUAGUGGAUCUCUCUUUCCUCUACAUGGACCUAGAAUACACAGGUUCUUGCUCCUAUGAUUCUGUGACAAUAUAUGAUGGCUUGCCAUUGAGCUCCUCACCACUAGGAAAAAUCUGUUCAUCUGUGAACUCCACUUUUAAGUCUUCCUCUAAUGUGAUGGGUGUUGUUUUCCGAACUGAUGGUAGUGUGCAGAGAAGUGGAUUCCAAGCAUUUUACUCCUCAUCAUCUAAAAAUACCAGUGAACCAGUUAAUUGUGGUGGAAUCCUAACUUAUCCAUGGGGAGUAAUUGAAAGCCCAUCUUAUCCAUAUUCACGCAGCCCUGCUGACUGUGUUUGGCAUAUUCAAAGCGUAAACAGCGUUAUUGAGAUCUACUUCAAUGAUGUUGCGCUUGAAAACUCUGCUUACUGUUCAUCUGGCUCUGUGUCUGUGUAUGAUGGGACACCUGCUGGCUCACCAUUAUUGGGAAAGUUUUGUGGAACAGGGACACGCAGAUUCAGAUCCUCAUCUAACAGUCUAAGUGUUGUAUUCACCAACAAAGGAAGCAACAGCAAUUAUGUCCGUGGUUUUCAUGCUAACUACGGCUCUAUACAACAAAAUAAUCAAAGUGUGAUUCUUUAUUGUACAUCAAACCUCAUGGAAGCACACGUCUCAGUGCAGUAUCUGCAGUCUUUAGGAUAUUCCACAAAUGAAAUAUUUUUGAAUGAUGCACAAUGCCGUCCCUAUAGAUCUGGAAAUUGGCUAAUCUUUUCCAUGCCGUAUGAUCAGUGUGGCACAGUCAAACAGGGCGAGACAGACACGAUUAGCUAUUCGAAUACAUUGCGUGGCCACCAUUCUGAUCAAAUUAUUGAACGCAGAAAAACAUUAAACUUGAAUGUCCGUUGCCAGAUGUUCCAAAACACCAUGGUGAACAUUAUGUAUCAUGCAGACGAUGCUGCAAAUCAAACAUUGACACAAUAUGGCCUGUACCGUCCUUCACUGUACUUCUACCCUUCACCAAACUUUACCUAUCCAGUGUAUGAUUAUCCAUAUUAUGUGGAAUUAAACCAAAACUUGUAUCUCCAGGCUACACUGCAUUCAUCUGACAACAAUCUCACUUUGUUUGUGGACACAUGUGUGGCUUCUCCUGAUCCCAAUGAUUUUGUGACAAAGACGUAUGAUUUAAUACGUAAUGGAUGCAUCAAAGAUUCCACUUAUUUGACCUACCCAACAUAUUACUCAAAUCAGAUUCGAUUUGGAUUCCGCGCUUUUAGUUUUGUACAGAAUUUUUCCAGAGUCUACUUAGAGUGUAAAUUAACUGUUUGCAACAAAAAUAGCUAUAAUUCCCGCUGUUACCAAGGAUGUAUAAAGAGACGUAAAAGGGCUGCAUCUUCUUCUUAUGAGAAACUUACUGUUAUGGUUGGGCCAAUUGAACUAAAAGAAAAUUAAACCUUUUAAAUUUGUGCACUACUAGGCACUACUAAAUAACAUUGAAAUAUUCUUCUAAAUAUAUAUUAUAAAUAUAUUACACAGUUUAUCACUUUUGGAAUGAUAUUUUCAAUGAUAGGGUUUCUAUGAUGAGGUUAAAUUCACUAUAAGGGGGUUAAUUUGUUUUAUGCUAAAUAGUUUGGUGUUACAGUGACUUUAUAUAUAUAUUGGUAACCUCAAUGGAUUGCAAAUCUAAGCAUUUAACACGUGCGCGUUAUCUUCACCAGGCAACUUACAUGUUUUAAAAGGUUUUGUGUUUUAAAUUAGGGAGUGCCAAUAAAAAAACUUGUAUUUACUUCAGGCAUGUCUCUUUUAUUGUUUUCUAAGAAAACAAUAGACUCAGCCUUUUUAAAACUGAAUUUCAGGUAUGGCUUGUAUUUUAUAGUUACAUCUUCCCAGUUUGGACCAAUGUAAGUAUGCAUGAACCAUACCUGUGGGACUGCGGUGAAGAAUUGCUGUAGAAGUCACUGUUACUACAGUGUUUGCAGUCUUCCAGGUCCCGUGCUGAGUGACUGCCCUGCUGCAUAAUAGCCAAAGGGGUUCACAGGGUUGGCAUGGCUGCCAUUUGGUGAAUGCCUUGCAUUGUUCUCCAUAAAUACAAAGUGUUCUCCAAUUGGAUAAGGUGAAGAGGUGGGGUAGUUGUGUACCCCAUUAAGUUAUUGCAUAGCAGGGCAGCAAGUCAGCAUGACACCAGGAAGACGGCUAAAAUUACUGAAGUAGUGGUGACUACUACUUCUUCGAUUCAGCAGCAAUUUCAUGGGUAUGUUCAAAGCCAGACCAAUGUAUCUAUGCAGUGCAAACCAGAUCACAUAUCUGGAAUUCAAAUUUAAUUAUUGACAGUAUGUAACGAGACAGUUAAAUUAA